GUUACACAAGCUUCCUGGUUCAUGUCACGUGCGCCGUAUAUAAAGUGAAAGUAGUAACCACUGCCGGUAUGGAGCUUCGCAUUUUGGACUUGAUAUUUCUCCUCUAUUUCGUAUCUCAUAUUCCAAUAACAAUUUUAUUUGAUUCCCAAGUGAUAUUUCCAUUGUGGCUGUAUCCAAAAGCGCUUGUGGAUGUAAAGACCAAGUACUGUGAGGACUUUAAAGAUGUACUGAUGGCAGACCCUCCGCAAUGGUUCAAAUCCUUCUGCCUUUGUGAAAUCCUAGUUCAGUUCCCAUUCUUCUUUGUGGCCACGUACGCACUGUGGAAGGGUGUCCAAAACUGUCAAUGGAUAAGAGUGCCUUUCAUCGUUUACUCAUCACACGUUGCCACGACAACAGUUGCCAUCUGUUACCACAUUUUGAUGGCAUCCUUCAAUCACCCAAAAUACCCGGGACCAGAGACUCCAAGAGAGAGACUUUUCCUGCUGUCUAUAUAUUCACCAUAUCUCAUUGUUCCAAUUUUACUUUUAUUGGAUUCUCUCUUUAGCAAGGUGUACACCAAGAAAGUAAAACAUUCUUAGUCUUAGGUAUAUCAUUAUUUUAUGUAAGGGGAUUGUUAUCAACAGUCUUUUUCAUAAUGCAGUAUGUUAAAACAUGAACUUUGCAAUAUGUAAGGAAUAACACAAUUGUGUUAAUUUACAAGUACAAUAUUCAUUGUAAAUUUAGUGUCACUGGUAGAAGCCCAAUUUGAUAUUGGCCUUGUUUUCAACAUGUUGAACAUUCCAUCAAUGAAUAAUUAUGCAUGUGUGUAUCAAAAGAUGCUUUUUGAUAUACAUGUAUAACUUUUCUUUUUAAAGUUUUUUUUUUUGCAGUUCAAUUUUUUGAUGAACAUGGCAACAGAUCAAAUCUAAAUCUACUUUACGUGUGCCAUAUUAGAGUUGAAUUUGAUUCUUUCUUUUUAUAAAUAGAUAUAAUCAACCGUGGGUAUCCUGACCGAUGAAUUGCAUUUUAUUCGACAUAUUUGCUUGUUAAUUUGGAAAAAAACAAACGAUUCAGUUUUUCCAAUUUUGUGAAGCAUGUAUUUGUAUACUCCUCUCCAUUGUUAAAUGUUGACCUAUUUUGUGGGCAUUAAGAAGGUACUCUACAUCAUCAUAAUGGCGGACUUCCUUUUACAACAUGAAUGGAAAUAUAAAUAUCAGCAAUAUACAUGUGGAGUAGUUCAGUAGGUUAGCACAUUGACUGCUGAAUUGUAGAUUGUGGUUUCUAGUCCAGCAGGGGUUUUGAAAAAUUUUCCAAUUGCUUUCUACGAAAAGUGCAUGUUUUGACUAAAUAAAGUAAAUUUGAAAGUUUUCAAUUUCAAAAUAUUGUGUAUCCUCCGCUUUUCAUCCAUAUAAAAUUUCUCUGGUGUACUAUUCCUCCUUAGGGUUUUGUUCAAAACACACACACACCCUUCCCAUGGUUACUUUUACAAAUAUUUGUAGUUUUGUACCUUCAUUUCUAUAGCCAAUAUAUAUAUUAUAUUUUUCUUCAAUACAUGUUACAUACGAGAUUUACUACCAUAAAACAUUGUAGAACCAGAUAUAUCAGUGCUUGUAAUAGAUAUAAAAUAAACAUGAUGAACCAUCAAAA